AUGGUUCUCGCAAAAUCCAAAAAUUCCGUCGGGUUGGGAAACACCCUCAUGAAGGAUCGGUUCGGCAAGGGCAAAGCAUCAAACCAGAAGAAAGUAUCGCAUAAUUCUGCUAUUACUCGUACCGCGCAGGAUGGCAGUACUUAUAUUACCAAUGCUGCCAAAGAAGCAUCGUGGAUGAAGAUGCGCAGUAUCACGGAGCAGGCCGCCCUCGAUGAAUUUCUCAGCACUGCCGAGCUGGCGGGCACCGACUUUACUGCGGAGAAGAUGAGCAAUAUCAAGAUCAUUCACUCGGAUCAAAAGAACCCUUACCUUCUUUCCGCGUCAGAGGAGAAGUCGGCUAGGAAGAAGCAUCAAGAGAAUAAGGGGAAGUUGACCGUGCCGAGAAGACCGAAAUGGGAUGCUACGACGACCAGGGAUCAGCUGGAGACGAUGGAAAGGGAAAGUUUCCUGGAGUGGCGAAGAGGACUGGCGCAGCUUCAGGAGAACAACGAUCUUCUGAUGACACCCUUUGAGCGGAACUUGGAGGUCUGGCGCCAGCUGUGGCGUGUCAUUGAACGUUCGGACGUGGUUGUACAGAUUGUCGAUGCUCGGAAUCCAUUGAUGUUUCGUUCGGAGGAUCUCGAAAACUAUGUGAAGGAGAUCGACCCCAAGAAGCAGAACCUUUUGCUUGUCAACAAGGCGGAUAUGCUCACUGAGAAACAACGAGAGAUGUGGGCUGAUUAUUUUGAGCGCAACAAUAUCAACUUUCGAUUUUUCUCGGCUCAUCUCGCCAAGGAGCGGAACGAGGCCCGGCUUCUGGAAGAAGAAUCAGGCAGUGAGAGUGAGGAAGAGGACGCUGAGGAGCUCACCAAUGCGACAAGCUCGAUGAACAUCAAUGAUCAACAAGAUGCCAAGGAUGCAUCGGUUGAAGGAGAUGGUCAAACUGAGCACGAUGGAGGACUCAAGCUAUCUCGGAGGACGAAUAUUCUCGAUGUGGACGAGCUGGAAGACCUUUUCCUGUCCAACACUCCGGACACACUUCCGGAUAGUGACAAUGGCGAGGGACAGCGCAAGCAGAAGACAACAAUCGGUCUGGUUGGUUACCCCAACGUCGGCAAGUCCAGUACCAUCAACGCCCUCCUCGGAGCAAAGAAGGUAUCUGUCUCCGCUACACCUGGAAAGACGAAGCACUUCCAGACACUCUACCUGUCACCGGAGAUCAUGCUCUGCGACUGCCCCGGUUUGGUCUUCCCCAACUUUGCAACAACCAAGGCAGAACUGGUGGUGAACGGUGUCCUUCCCAUCGACCAGCAGCGCGAGUUCACUGGUCCAGCUGGCCUGGUCGCACACCGUAUCCCCAAGCACUUCCUGGAGGAUGUCUACGGCGUGAAAAUCCACACUCGGCCGCUGGAAGAAGGCGGCACGGGCAUCCCCAACGCCCACGAUCUUCUGCGAGCUUACGCCAAAGCUCGUGGUUUCGCUACUACCGGCCAAGGUCAGCCUGACGAGUCGCGCGCGGCCCGCUACGUACUGAAGGACUACGUCAAUGGCAAACUCCUCUUCUGCCACCCUCCCCCCGUCCCAGACGGUGAAGAGCCCAUCGACCCGCUCGAGUACAACCGCGAGCUGUAUGACACCGCCCACCUCCCGGCUCGCCGACAGGCAAUGCUCGCAAGAACCGCGCAGGCCAACGCAGGCGGCGAGGAAUUCGACGACGAUGCAGAGCUUUUGUCACUGGGCUCAUCCUCCAAACAAGGCAAGGCUGUCGAGGGGUCGCGGUCGCGGAAUCUCGACACGGGUUUCUUCGGCUUCGGCGCGAAGGGCUCAGCCGGACGGCUCACCCUGCCCUUCAACGCCCAAUACACCGAGCAAGGUCAGCAAAUCCGCAAACAGCUGACCGGCCGCAAGGAGAGACUGAUGGUUGCGCUGGAACGAGGAGUAGACGUGUCGGAGGUGCGCGGCAACUCGAAGAAGCACUUCAAGGCCAACAAGAAGAGGGCCAAGGCGAAGCGCACGAAAGCGGAAGAUGACGACUACUGA